AUUGAUUGGGAUGCACCUGAAAAUUGCGACAUUUUUAAUUAAAUUCCGAUCAAAGUCGAGGUGCAGUCUCGCACACUACACACACGUACCUCGCUGAGCGCGCUCUCUCUCUCUCUCUCUGUCAGCUCCGAUUCAUGGUGAGAAACCCGCAAACAAAGCCCUCUUCUCUCUCAAUUACUUCUUUUUUUCGACAGUUUCUAUUCCUUCAUUAAGACCAUUAUUUUGUCGUUGUGCUUCUCAAAGGCUGGAUUUGUUUGCCUUUAUUAGUGGUUGCUAUAUCUCGACCAAGGCGAACAUGGUGGCGUAGCAUUUUUGUGCAAAGAAGCAUGUGCAUUUCGCAUGUCAUGAGUUUUUAUACACUAUAUUUCUCUCCUUAUCUUUUUCUUUCGGUGGAAACGGCGAAUUCUAAAAUUGGCGGACUUGCAUGUUGAUUCAUUAUGUAGCUGUUAAACCUAGUGAUCAGCUAAGUUGAUUGUCCCGUUCUCAAAAAAAAAAAAAAAAAACACUAAGUUGAUUGAUACUAGUGUAAUGCGUUUGAAGUGUUGAUCAUUUUCCUGUUGAGGAAUCAAUUUUUUUUUUUCUUGCACAAUGUAUACCUUUGUAUUGGUCGAUGCAUUUUCUGCAAUUAAAUUAUAUACUGCACAACCUCUUUAUUUUACUGAACACUUUUAGCAAUUGUUGAUUUCUGUUUGUAGCAUAAUAAUUGUAUGUGGUGAUAGACUGUUUUUGCCACUGUAGUUCUGGAACUGUUAAUGAUACAAAUUGAACUCUAUUGAUAUGCUUCCAAGUAUUUUAUGUUUAGGUUAAAUGUUGGGACAUAUGUGGUGACAUUGGUGUUACUGAAGCAAUAAUUCAUGCUCUCGAUGUCAAAGCAGUAGUGAGCAUAAGUAAGAUACCGCUCACAAUACUCUCACUCUACCUUCUUUUGUUUCUUGCUUUGCUGGUGGGCUGUUGAUAUGUGGAAAGAGAAGGCAGAGACAUUUCUAAUACUAUGGUACUCCUCGAGAGUGGAAGACGAAUUAUACUUGUUUUUGCAUUGGGAGUUGUAUUUGUAUUCUAUGUUGCAUUUUAUUUUGUUGCAAUUUGAAUUUUUUUAAUUCAUAUUUCGGAUUUGGGGGAAGCGGUUGAUGUUAUGAUACCUUAGCUUAGGUUUUGUUUCUGAGGAUUGUGAAUGUGGCUCUAAAUCUUCUCCAACUAGAUAUGUGAGGAAGACUAGAUACAUCAGUGCUGAAGAAGCGGCGUAAGUUUCUUCCAGAGCCAUGCAGUCAUUUACCCCGUCGACAGUUGCUUCAAACUCAAGCCUUCUGCAACCCAAGAUUGAGGCCAAUCCAUUCUCGGAGGAUGAUCUUCAUUUGGGAUCUUUCCAGAAAUUAGAAACUCAGUUACUUGACUGUAUGGGAAUCUCCGAUCAGCAACCAUCACACUCCCCCAAAAUUGAAGUUGGCGAUGACUAUAUGCACGAACCUGGCAGCAGCAUUGAUACGCCUUCACCUGGAAGCAAGAACUCAGCAUGUCUAGAUGAUAUGCCUCCUAAACGGGUUGAGGACCACACUGUCAUUGACGUACCUAUCAUUGGGAGAUCAUCUGUGACAAAGAACUCACCUGAUGCACCUAGCAAAGAACAAGGUUUAGACAAACAACCACUAAAACAUGCCGACAGGCUUCGUAAAUACUUAAAAGAGAACGACAAAAUUCCUGUUUUAUUUCAUAAGAAAGAUGGUCAUCCUGUAGGAAAGUAUGCAUCAGUGUUUAUGACAGAGCUCGGUAUAGCUGUGAAAAAACAUGCACCCUUACAAGUUAAGGGUUGGAAGAAAGUAACAGAGGAGCAAAAACGACCAAUGUUUCAGCGAUUGGAGAGUGCAUUUAUGGUUGACUUCAGCCUAGGACCGAGGUCAGUCAAAAGAGAGACCGAUAAAUUAAUGAGUAAAAGAUAUCGUGAUUACCGCCAAAAGAUGCACAGACAUUACAAAACUCUCACGCACCUGCCUUGGGAGGAUCGGUUGAAACAUAUACCGGUAGAGUUUUGUAAAAGUGAAGCAGAUUGGGAGUUUAUGUGUAAAAUGUUUGAGUCAGAGACUUUCAAGAAAUAUUCCGUAAUAAACUCCGGAAAUCAAGCUAAAAUUAAACCAACUUAUAAGUACCGGGGAGGUGGAAAGUCUUUGUCACAAUACAGAUAUGAAGCUGUUGAUGGAUCCCGAGAAGAAGAUGGUAUUCCUGAUUCUAAUGUAACAAACGACUCGAAAAGAGGUUAUCGAGGAGAAAGUGCUGAGACAGCCAACAAUGAGAAGCAAAUUGGCUUAGAUAACCAUAAUAGUCGCCAAUCUCUUGAAGAAGUAUAUGUAGCUACACGAGCGUGUGACCAAGUUCGUUCGGGACACACAGCGAGACCUGGAGAUGACCUUCAAGCGGCUAAGUCAACUUCUGCUGAUGCUACUGCAUCUCUCAUAGCAGCAAAUGCAGAGCUUAGGCGCGAGCUUGCUUCCACUCAGAGUGAGCUACAUAGCAUGCAAACGACCUUACAAUUGACGGAGGAUAAAGUAUGGAUACUGGAGGCGAAUCAGAGGCGCCUAGAGGAGACCAUACAGGCAAACACACAGAUUAUGGAGGCGAAUCAACGGAUGAUGAAGCAUGUUUUUGAGAAGUUAGCCUUUGAUAUAGGGCAAUCAUUGACAGCUCCACCACCUCCUCGGCCUUAGUUUGGAGAAUCCAGGGAGGAUUGAAAGAAGAAGGGACAUGGGACUUAAAUCUCUUUUCAAGUGACACAAUUUUGUGCUGCAGUUGUUAAAUGAAAGUUUUGUGAAGGAUCUUGUCUCUCUCUCUCUCCUUCCAUUUUUGUCCGGAUUCAUACUCUGGAAGGGCAGAAAUUUUGGGAAACUGUUCAUAAUAUAUGUGUACAGGUUAUUAUCUGAAGGCACAUGGAUUUUGCACAGAGUUCUGCAUU